CUCUUCUCUCUUUCUUCUUCGUGUCAUGGGGGAUUUCAAGUUUGGUUUUUGAAGUUUAGGGUUUCUUAGUUGUCUGGUUCAAGCUUAGGGUUGCUGAUAUGGAUGGUUAUCAGCGUUUUGACCAUGGGGAAACUCAGUUACCUCCUGGCUUCCGUUUCCACCCAACCGAUGAGGAGCUCAUUACUUACUAUCUGUUGAAGAAAGUUCUUGAUGGUAGCUUCACUGGUAGAGCUAUAGCCGAAGUCGAUCUCAACAAGUCCGAGCCAUGGGAACUUCCUGGGAAGGCGAAGAUGGGAGAGAAAGAGUGGUAUUUCUUCAGCUUGAGAGAUCGGAAGUAUCCGACUGGGUUGAGAACCAACCGAGCUACCAAAGCUGGUUAUUGGAAAGCUACCGGAAAAGAUCGGGAGAUUUACAGUUCGAAAACUUGUGCACUUUUAGGGAUGAAGAAGACCUUGGUGUUUUAUCGAGGUAGAGCUCCCAAAGGUGAAAAGAGCAACUGGAUCAUGCAUGAAUAUCGGCUCGAAGGCAAAUUUGCUUACCAUUAUCUCUCCAGGAGCUCAAAGGAUGAAUGGGUGAUAUCCAGGGUGUUUCAGAAGAGUGGCACCGUCAACAGUGCCACCACCAGCACCGGCGGUGGAUCCAAGAAGACACGGAUGAGCGCCUCCGUUGUGCAUUACCAAGAAUCGAGCUCUCCUUCCUCGGUUUCCAUUCCACCUCUCCUGGAUCCUGCCAGUACAGCCAUUGCCACCACCGACCGUGAUGGCUUCUCUUAUGACAGUUAUGCUCAAUCCGAGCACGUGUCCUGUUUCUCCACCGUUGCUACCACCGCAACCGGUUUCGAACUGGCGUUACCACCACCUCCACCUCAGAUGAUCAACACCACCACUUUUAAUCACAUACCAAGGUAUUCAGCACAUGCAGGCGCUUCCGUUUUUCCGUUCUUCCCCCAGCCGACAGUGGAGGCACUGCCACUUCAUGGUGGCUCAUACGUCGACUGGGAAGUUAACUACGGUGGUGGUGGUGGUAACAAGAUGUCAAUCGGUCCAACUGAGCUUGAUUGCAUGUGGACUCACUAAACUUGAGAGGAAUUUCUCCCAUUUAUGGUGCUUGGAACCUUCUCGUCAUUGUAUCUAAUUAUGUUGUGAUUAGGUGCUGACAUUGAAAGAGAC